UGUGUUCCGUCCUGCUGUGUGCUGUCCUGCUGUGUGCUGUCCUGCUGUGUGCCGUCCUGCUGUGUGCCGUCCUGCUGUGUACUGUCCUGCUGUGUGCCGUCCUGCUGUGUGCCGUCCUGCUGUGUGCCGUCCUGCUGUGUGCCGUCCUGCUGUGUACCGUCCUGCUGUGUGCCGUCCUGCUGUGUGCCGUCCUGCUGUGUUGCUGUGUGCUGUGUUCCGUCCUGCUGUGUGCCGUCCUGCUGUGUUCCGUCCUGCUGUGUACCGCCCUGCUGUGUGCCGUCCUGCUGUGUGCUGUGUGCCUCCUGCUGUGUGCCGUCCUGCUGUGUGCCGUCCUGCUGUGUGCCGUCCUGCUGUGUGCCGUCCUGCUGUGUGCCGUCCUUCUGUGUGCCGUCCUGCUGUGUGCCGUCCUGCUGUGUUCCGUCCUGCUGUGUACAGUCCUGCUGUGUGCAGUCCUGCUGUGUGCCGUCCUGCUGUGUACAGUCCUGCUGUGUGCAGUCCUGCUGUGUGCUGUCCUUCUGUGUGCAGUCCUGCUGUGUGCUGUCCUGCUGUGUGCUGUCCUGCUGUGUGGGCGGGGUUUGGGAGUGCCAGGUGGGCGGGGUUUGGGAGUGCCAGGUGGGUGGGGUUUGGGAGUGCCAGAUGGGCGGGGUUUGGGAGUGCCGGGUGGGCGGGGUUUGGGAGUGCCAGGUGGGCGGGGUUUGGGAGUGCCAGGUGGGCGGGGUUUGGGAGUGCCGGGUGGGCGGGGUUUGGGAGUACCAGAUGGGCGGGGUUUGGGAGUGCAGGGUGGGCGGGGUUUGGGAGUGCCGGAUGGGCGGGGUUUGGGAGUGCCGGGUGGGCGGGGUUUGGGAGUGCCGGGUGGGCGGGGUUUGGGAGUGCCGGGUGGGCGGGGUUUGGGAGUGCCGGGUGGGCGGGGUUUGGGAGUGCCGGGUGGGCGGGGUUUGGGAGUGCCGGGUGGGCGGGGUUUGGGAGUGCCAGAUGGGCGGGAUUCACCCAAGUGAAGACAGGUCGUGA